AAUCAAUGUCAAUGCCAUUUUAAAGCAUUCGGUUUUCACAAUUAUUUUAUUAAAUGUGUGAGUAAAAAUUACCAAAAUAUUAGGAUUCGAAGAAAUAUUAUCUACAGAUAUCACAACAUAAAAUGAAUAGUAUCUUAAAGUCUAAUGCAGUUGUUGCAUUUCCCGAUGAAGAUUAUGAUCCAUAUGACGAAAGGUUCCUCAAAAGGGGUUUAAAAUACUGGGAAGCAAUCAAUUUAUUACUGAGAGGAUUUCUGGGUACUGGUUUGCUGUUAUUGCCCGAAGCUUUCCGGUUUUCUGGAAUAUUAGUAGGAAUAGUAGAUUUAAUUAUAGUAUCAAUAUUCGUAACGUACACCUAUCAUCUAAUGCUAAAAUCUCGCUUGCAAUUAUGCAAAAUGCUGCGAGUCCCCCGCUUAUACUAUCCCGAAGUAAUGCAAAUAGGAUUCAAAUUCGGCCCGGGUUGCCUAAAAUUUUUCAGCCCUAUCAUGGGGAUAUGCGUGGACGUCCUGUGCAUCAUAAACCAACUAAACCAGUUAUGCGCCUAUUUGUGGCACAUGGCCAGCGACUUAGAAAGAGUAUUCGAAACGUGGUACGGCAAGGGAUUCCCCCAUUCCAGCUACGUUCUGAUCCUCGGCCCUUACCUCGUCAUCCUGAUGUGCGUCAAGGACAUGAAAGUCUACGCCCGAUUCGCCGUGGUCUCCAACAUACUCAGCCUCGUCUCCAUUUGCUUCAUGAUCUACCACAUGGUGCAAGACCUGCCGAAUUUCACUCUGUUACCGCCCGCCACCGAAUUUUCCACGCACAUUUUGUUCUUCGUACCGGCGCUGUUCGCUAUACAAUCGAUACCCGUGACGAGCACUAUCGAAUUGAAUUAUUUGAAAGGACAGUAUUUUUUGAGCAUGCCGGGUUUGUUGUGCCAGGCGUACGGGCUUUUGACCGUCUUGUGCUUCAUCAUAGCCCUUAUCGGCUAUUGGAGAUACGAAGAUGGCAUUAAAAUGUUGACGUUGAAUUUGGACAUAUCGCAUUGGGAAGUACAAGCGGCUGUUAUAUUGUUCUUCCUCGGUAUGUACAUUUCCUACGGUUUACAAGGUCAUAUAGGAUUGUACGUGUUGUGGGAGCACUAUCUGAGCCUCUGGAUCAACCCGCCUUGGGAAUACGUCAAGCCUAUCAUAGAAUAUUUCAUCAGAAUAUCCGUGUUCGUUGUACUACCAGUUGUAAUCAUCAUAUAUCUAAGAACAGGACUGCCGCUAUUCCUCGCCGUGCACGGAAUUUGCCACUCGUUUUUAGGCAUAAUAUUCCCAGCCCUGCUCGAGAUCUCGGUGAUAUGGCCUUCGCAAAAGUUCGGCGCUUGCUACUACAUUUUCUUCAAAGACAUCACCAUCGUCGUCAUCGGAAUACUCGUACUGAUAGUGAGCGUUUACCACGGCCAGCGGUUUUUCAGCAACCAACUCAACGGCACCUGGUGAUCGGUUUACAGGUGAGAAUAGUCGUAGGAAAAGUUAUGUAACCAACUCGCGUGUUUUAGUGACGCUAUAAGGAAGAAUUUGGGUUAUAGAAGAGCCAUUUAAUUGGUUGUAAAUACUCAAUAAAGAUUAUAC